AGGACCGAACAUCUAUACUGGGGUCAGGUCGGGUCGGGUCCACUUAAUAGAUCAUAUUUGGAUUUAAGACCUAUAGCCCGUGCUCUGUAAACCAUCUGAAGUUUUUGCUCGUCACUUCGCCCUGGAAUCAAAAUGAUAAUCACUAUGAUAUCUUCUUGUUUUCAUUUUUCAUUUUUUUUUAAAGGACUCAUUCUUGAAUCUCAAAUUCUCAAUCUUAAUCCUAAAUAGGAGAACCAAACUACACAUGGCACUCGUGAUUCAUACACGUUUUGGGGAAAGAGACUACCACUAUAAUAUAUAGUGUAUAUAUUACUGGGGUGUAAUACAGACAACUGAUCCGCUUCCCUCGUCGGCACAUGUACUGUUUGAAUGCUUAUCAAUAUCAACCACCAUCAUCAUCAUCCACACUUCCACUCUGCAACUUUCUCUCUCUCUCUCUCUCAAUGGCCGUGAAUAGCUCCCUCUCACUCCUCCCUUCCACUCUCUCCCCCAAGCUCUCCAACUCCUCCUCAAUCCCCACCUCCACUCACUUCCAACCCAAAACCAGAAUUCCACUCUUCCGACAUUUCCAAAUGUCCAACGGCGUCGUCCUGACCCCUGUUGCUGUCGUUUCGACCUCCGCCUCUGCCGUCGUUGGUGUCGGCGACGACUUACCUCCAGACUAUGGCGACGUGUUCCCCCAGCCGGAUCCGAGCGAGCGCAGAAGAGCUGGCGUGGUCCUCCAUCCGACGUCGUUCCGUGGACCCCACGGCAUUGGGGAUUUUGGGGAGGAGGCGUUUCGUUUCAUUGACUGGCUUCAUGAAGCCGGGUGCUCCCUCUGGCAGGUGCUUCCGCUGGUUCCUCCUGGUAGGAAAGCCAAUGAAGAGGGCUCCCCUUACUCUGGUCAGGAUGCAAAUUGUGGUAACACUCUGUUGAUAUCUCUUGAGGAGCUUGUCAAUGAUGGUUUGUUGACAAAGGAAGAGCUUCCAAAACCAGUUGAUUCUGACCGCGUGAACUACUCAGCUGUUGCUGACUUAAAGGAUCCUCUGAUAGCUAAGGCUGCAGAGAGGCUUAUUAGGAGUGAAGGUGAACUUAAAAGUCAGCUUGAAGAUUUCCGUAAUGACCCGGAUAUAUCAAGCUGGCUUGAAGAUGCAGCUUAUUUUGCAGCAAUUGACAGCAGUUUAAAUGCUUUCAGUUGGUACGAGUGGCCUGAACCUUUGAAAAAUCGCCAUCUUGCAGCCUUGGAAGACAUUUACCAGAGCAAACAGCAUUUUAUAAAUAUCUUCAUUGCUGAACAAUUUUUGUUCCAAAGGCAAUGGCAGAAAGUUCGCAAGUAUGCACAGAUGAAGGGAAUCAGUAUCAUGGGAGACAUGCCCAUUUACGUAGGUUAUCACAGUGCAGAUGUUUGGGCCAAUAAAAAACAUUUUCUGCUGAACAGGAAUGGUUUUCCUCUUGAAGUUAGUGGUGUUCCCCCGGAUGCUUUCAGUGAAACUGGUCAGCUCUGGGACAGCCCUCUAUAUGAUUGGAAAGCAAUGGAGAAAGAAGGAUUUUCAUGGUGGAUACGCCGCAUGCGAAGAGCACAGAAUAUAUAUGACGAAUUCAGGAUAGACCACUUUAGAGGUCUUGCUGGCUUUUGGGCUGUUCCUUCUGAAGCAAAAGUUGCCAUGGUUGGACGAUGGAAGGCCGGACCUGGAAAAUCCUUUUUUGAUGCCAUAUUCAGAGCAGCUGGGAAGAUUAACAUAAUAGCUGAAGAUUUGGGAGUCAUCACUGAGGAUGUAAUUCAGCUAAGGAAAUCCAUAGGGGCACCUGGAAUGGCUGUCCUCCAGUUUGGUUUUGGAAGUGAUGCUGCUAACCCUCAUUUACCUCAUAAUCAUGAGCCCAAUCAAGUUGUUUACACUGGAACUCAUGAUAAUGACACGAUUCGAGGGUGGUGGGAUGUUUUGAAGCAAGAAGAGAAGUCCAAUGUCCUGAAGUAUCUUUCAAUUGCUGAAGAAGAUGAUAUCUCAUGGGCACUCGCAAAAGCUGCAUUAUCUUCUGUGGCCCGAACAGCAAUCAUACCUAUGCAAGAUAUUCUUAGGUUAGGAAGUUCAGCGAGGAUGAACAUUCCUGCAACUCAGUUUGGAAAUUGGGGUUGGAGGAUACCUAGUUCCAGGAGCUUUGAUAGCUUGGAGACAGAAGCUUUGCAACUGAGGGAAAUGUUGUCGAUGUACGGGCGGCUGUAAAUUAAGAGUGCUAAAUAACGUUUUCGUUCAGGUGGUCAUGAACUACAGCCAGCUUGUUGUAUCAGAAUAAUAAUCUACAGAAGAACAAUAAAUUACGUUACUUCAAUAAAAAUGUUGGACUUGUAUCAAUUUCAGUUGAAUAAAAUGGCCUUUAUUCAGAUAAUCUAUUUGUACAGUAAUAUAUGGGUUGUGUUUA